AUGGACUCGCGGCCGAAAUGGCGCCAAAGAGUCGUCGGUUUGAAUGGAAAGACGCGUUUUGUGGGUAGAGUUCACGCGCUCGCACUGGAAAUGGAGGGCCGGACUUUGCGUUUUCCCUUUUCGGUGGUCAGAGGCGUAACCGAGUCGUGGCUCGUGAUUCUGGGAACGGAUUUCCUUCAAUGGUUUCAAUGUUGCGCUGAUUUCAGAGAAAAAAUACUGUUUUUAGCGAAAAUCCGACUAAAACUCUUGUCGCGCGCCAAACCUGUGGUCGCGCCGACCGUCGGUCCGAAUGCGAAGACUGUUCCCGAUUUGGAAGAGUUUCUGUCGAAUCGCGACUAUUCGGGAGCCAUUGCUUUGCUUCAGUCAAAGCGAUUGUCACAGCGUUUCGUCCGAAAGCACAACAAGAAGACGGGAAAAGAGAGUCAAAACGCCGACCAAUGGAUCGCCUUUUGUCGCUUCCAUUUGGCCGAAUACAAGGCGGCGCUCGACCUCUACUCGCAACUGCCCGACGCCGACCUCGACGUCGCCGUCUGUCAGUUCUAUCUGGGGAUGUACUCGGAGGCGAAGACCAGCGCCGAGAAGGCGGCCGACAAGACGUCUGCGCUCUUCACUCGCCUUCUCUUUCAUGUGUGCCAUAAGUUGGCGCUCGAGUCGCAACUCGUGCUCUUCCACCAAAAGCUCUCGGACUCAGUGGAGGACCAGUUGUGUGUGGCGUCGAUGCACUUCCUGCGCGCGCACUAUCAGGAGGCCAUCGACGUCUACAAGAAGCUUCUGCUCGAGAGCCGCCAUUUCGUCGCUCUCAACGUCUACAUCGCGCUCUCCUAUUAUAAGGCGAGAAUCCAUUCAGAAGUCUUUUAUUCUAACCGUUGUUUGCAUUCACAGCUCGAUUACUACGAUGUCUCUCAGGAAGUGCUCCAACUCUACGCGCAACAAUUGAGUUCACUCUUCAUUGGUUUCUUUCAUUUGAAUCUUAUUUUCUUCCAACAGUUCCCGGAGAGCGCGACGGCAACCAAUCUCAAGGCUUGCAAUCACUACAGACUCUAUAACGGAAAGGCGGCUGAGCAGGAGCUACGGAACCUCAUUGACGCCAUUCCGCCCGCAUUCACGUACGCGCAGGACCUCAUUCGCCACAAUCUGGUCGUCUUUCGCGGCGGCGAAGGCGCCCUCCAAGUGCUGCCACCUCUCGUCGACGUUCUGCCCGAAGCCAAACUGAACCUGGUCAUCUACCACCUCAAGAACGACAACGUCUCGGAAGCGAAUCGUCUCAUCAAAGACUUGGAUCCGUCGCUUCCUCACGAGUACGUUUUGACGGGCGUCGUGAACGCGGCCGUCGGACAGUCGCAGGGAUCGCGCGAACACCUCAAGAUGGCGCAGCAGUACUUCCAGAUGGUGGGCGGCAGCGCCUCCGAGUGCGACACAAUUCCCGGGCGACAGUGUAUGGCCUCGUGUUUCUUCAUUCUCAAGCAGUUCGACGACGUGUUGCUGUACUUGAGUUCAAUCAAGAGCUACUUCUACAACGACGACACUUUCAACUUCAACUUCGGACAGGCGAAGGCCGCGACCGCCAACUUCCGCGAGGCUGAGGAAGUACUGCUUCUCGUGCGUCAGGAGCGCCUCACCAACGACUACGUGUACGUCAGUUGGCUCGCGCGCUGCCUCAUAAUGAAUAAGAAGCCGCGCCAGGCGUGGGAACUCUACCUCAAGAGAGACAACUCCGCCGAAGCCUUUCAUUUGCUGCAACUCAUUGCCAACGACUGCUAUAAGAUGGGACACUUCUUGUACGCCAUGAAGGCGUUCGACGCGCUCCACAAGCUGGACCCCAAUCCCGAGCACUGGGAGGGCAAGAGGGGCGCGGCGGCCGGCGUCCUGCAAAUGGUGAUCGCCGACAAGGAGCCCAAGGAGUCGGUGGGCGAAGUGCUGCGACUGUUGCGGAACGCGCCGAACGGGCAGUCGAGCGGAAUGGUAGUUGCGAUCAAGAAUUGGGCGAAAGAGGCGAAAGUCAUGUCUUUGAAUACUACUGUUGAGAGCGCGAGUCUCUCUUUCCACACGCGGUGUAGGGCUUCGCACACGAACCUGAGGGCAAACAAUGCAAACAACAUUUGA